AUGAGGUCUGGGGAGAGAAUACUUCUCAAUCAAAGAAAGUAUAGCUUGGAGUUAAUUUUAGAAGUAGGACUCAGUGGUGCAAGACCAAGUCCUACACUAUUAGAAGUAAAUCACAAGCUCAGAACAGUAGAUUAUGAUGCUCAUGUGGGAAACAAAGCUGAUCCUGAAGUAGAAGACUUGGUUGGGUAUCAAAAAUUGAUUGGAAAAUUAAUCUAUCUCACUAUCACUAGUCCAGACAUAUGUUUUGAUGUCCAGGUACGUAGUCAGUUUAUGCAAAGGCCUAAACAAUCUCAUUUGGAUGCAAAUAUGAGAGUGGUGAGAUAUUUGAAAGGAUUACCAGGUCUUGGUUUAUUUUUCUCAUCCAAUACAAUAUUAGAGUUAGCUAUAUACUGUGACUCUGAUUGGGUGGCCUAUUCUAAUACUAGAAGGAGCAUGACAAUGGCAGUGGCUGAACUGACUUGGUUGUAUGGGCUCCUACAAGAAUUAAACUGUAUUGUUUCUACUCCUGUUACAUUGUAA